UCCAAAAGUUUUCAUUCGUUUCUGUUUUCCUGGCAGCAGAUUUACGAAAAAGUGAGCUAGAAGUGCGUCUUACAAUUUCUUUGCAUUUUUCGAUAAAAAUUCAAAAUGUAGUUUCAAAAUACUGGUUUUAAACGAAUAUUCUAACUGAUCUCUCCGUUCCCACCGUUUGUGUGUUUCAAUCAAACUCCUACCGAUGCGAGCAUUCGACGCGAAAGCAGCAUAUUAUGCCUAAUAGUGAUUCGUCCGGUGGAAUCUACUCCCCCAUUCCGCAAACGACGAUAACCGAUUCCGAGAGCGAGGAGGACCUGCUGCAAAGGCACCAUUACCCUCACAAGGCGGCGAUUCCAUUCCAACAUCAUCAUCACCAUCAGCGAGUGGCCGCGGUUCAUCAUCAUCAGAACGGGGGAAGAUUCGGUCGCGGAACAGGAUUCACCACGACGACCACUGCGGUUGCCAUGAACGGGACGGUAAAAGGUAACAGGAAUCACGUUUUGGGGGGCGAUGGAACGGCAAUUUGUAAUAGCUUGUAUAAUGGAAUGGCCAGUCCGAGCGAUAUCGAGGAUGCCAAUGGGGUGUUCCAUCCGGACAAUGUGGCAAUCCUGGCCGAGAGUGGGUCUUUGACGGAGAGGAAGAUGUCUUUCCCAAGGAAGUGUUGCUUUGUAGCAUCUUUGGCAGUUUGCUUUUUAUCUUUGGUGGUGUUCUUGUGGGUGAUUCCUUGUUCGGAUGAUUUGGCUUGCCCGGCCAAAGCAGAACGAGUGAAGACCCAGAACUGGAUAAGGAACUAUGAGAAGAUAGAGCUCAAGGGGGUGGUGAACGUGGUGGAGGGUGUGAGGGGCAAGAGCAAAAAUUUGAUUUUCAUGUAUAGAGGAGAUAAACUGUUUCCGGAGUUUGCGGAUUCGUUCAAAAUGAGGAAUGGGAUAAUUUCCUUGGUGGGCAGCACCGGGAAAGUGGCCUGGUAUGAUCAGAUGGUUAAUGAACCGAAGAGUAUCGAUUGCACAUUGAUCGAUGCUGAUUUGAACGGAUCGCCGGAUUGUCUGGUAAUGGAUGAGUACGGUCAGCUAGAAUGCAUUAACCCCUUAUCUGGACAGUGGAUCUGGCAUUCGCCCAUCUAUGACCGGAAAAGUAUUCUGAAGCAAAAUGACCUGUUGGAUUUCCCAUUAGUGAUCCCAGAUGUGGAUGGAGAUGGUGUGAAGGACCUGUUCUUCAUCACCAGCUAUGGGGAAUCAAGGCACAAUAAGUUCGUGAUGAUUUCCGGUCGCAAGGGAGAACUUAUUGGAGAUUCUCACAUUGUAAAAGAGUGCAUCUACGUCCACAAGCUGAUGAUUGAUGCUGAGUUCAAUGUUAUGUUCAAUUGUGUCAAAGAGAAAUCCGAGCAACAAAGAUCUAAACCGUUGGCCGAAUUGUACAUGCUUAUUAAACACAAGGCUUUAGAUAUGCGUAAGAUAAGAAAGCCAGUUGAACUACCCCAGCAUAAGUUUUUCGGCCAACGAAAGAAUACUGAGAAACAGAGAACCAUCGACGCAGUAGGUGGAAAGCAACUAGUUAUCGAGAACCGUGGGAAAUGUCCAGAAAAUUGUUCCACUACUGUACUCCUCACAGAAGAAUCCAACGGAAAAGUCCUCUGGAACGCUUCAGGAAAACAGUUAUACGGAAUGCAACCUGUUCGAUUAUCAUUCAGCAAUAUCGGCAAAGAUAAUCCAUCUGCAAUUUACGGUUUCGUGCUCAAAUUCUGGGAGUGGAGUCAAGAGGAACCGGAUAACCGUAGUACUCGCGACAAACGCUCGUCCCAUGAGGAACGUAACGUCUUUUCCCAUCUUUUCGUGAAGAAACAAACCUGGGUCCUCCCGGAUCAGGACACCGACGCCCACACGCCCUCCAAAGUCCGCCGAAGCGUCAAUCAAACCCUACGCCCGGGCACCUACAAGACCCGCAUGCGAUACCUCAAGGAAAUCGUCAAGCUCAUCGUUUUCAAUUCCACCGACACCAAAAUCGAAAACACCAGCCAGUCCAACGUUAUUCAGUUCUGUCGCGAAAACGUCAAGGACAAAACGGACAUCGUCUGCCAACCGGAUCUCAACUACCAGGAAAACUCUCUGCUGAUAGCGGACCUCGACGACGAUGGCUCCCAAGAGCUCGUUUCCUACUAUUCUACCUUCGUAAAGUCCGACUCGGACAACGGCGAGCGCUCCGGCAUGAAGCUCAAAACGUUCGUCCAACUGCUUCGGCUGCAAUCCGAACUUCCCAAGCUUUACAACAGCAGCGAAAAUAUCAAACGCUGAGCUAGUUAUUUCUAGAGCUAAGAACGAUGUGUGAUCUCAUACCUAGUCAUUGUUUAGCGAUAAGCCUAAAGUUUAGAACCGUUCUGUUUCGCGGUAGCAGCAAUGGAGGAAAGUGAUAGAAAAGGAACCAUCUAUUAAAAGUGUAGGUAUUUGUAUCGCAGCACCAUCCCCAUUGAACGCUAGAUUUUAUUGGCGGAGAUUAUAUGUGCACCGUUUUACCUUUUCUACUACCAUGACAGGAAAAAAAACAUACCAAAGCUAAUGCACACCUGUUGUCUCACUGUUAAUUAGUAGAUUGCAUCUUUAGCAGCACCCAGCAGUAUUAUUCCUAUAUUAAUGAUGUAAACUUGAAAUACAUUCUCAUGUAGACUAGAA